UCGUGGAGGGAGUUGUGUGACUUGAUUUGUUUGAUUUUGUGGUUAGUUUACAAUUUAUCAGUGUUUUAAACGUUGCGUCUGAAAUCGAUCUGUCAUAAGUGACUGUGCUGUGUACCUCAGGAACGUAAUUGAGAAGCUGAAAAUAUAACAAGAACAUGAAGAUAAGACAAAUUACCGUGCAUCCUCAUGGACAGACAUUGAAAUUGGGCUGUGGACUUUGGGUUGGAGUAUGAUAAGGAGUGGUAUGCUCGUGAUGAGCCUGCCUACAGAACUGCUGGGGGGAGCAGUUCUUGUGUUUAUCGUCUGCCUCUUCUCUGCCAGUCAUGUUUUCCGGUAUUACACCAAGUUCAUUAUCUUCAUAUUGCUCAGCAUGGUAUCAGCCACUGUAUUCAUACCUAUAAUGCUUCUGAGGCCAAGAGACUACAGAAAUGCCUUAAUGCCGGCAUGGGGAGCUCGACAAGUGUCUCGGUUGCUGGGACUUAAGUGGGAGAUGCAGGGGAAAGACAACAUCGUAAAAGAUUCGGGCUGUGUGGUUGUCAUAAAUCAUCAGAGUGGUCUGGAUCUGUUGGUGUUGGCAGAAAUCUGGCCAGUGAUGCAGAGGUGUACAGUGAUCUCCAAGCAAGAGAUAUUCUACUUGUGGCCAUUUGGCUUAGCUGCUUGGCUGUGGGGAACCAUCUUCAUCAAUCGCUUGAACAAUGAGCAGGCUCAGUCAGCCAUCAAUAAGACUGGUGAAACCAUUCGCACAAAACAGGCAAGACUGUGUAUGUUCCCUGAAGGCACAAGACAUGGUGGGAAGGAUCUCUUACCUUUCAAGAAAGGAGCAUUUCACGUGGCUAUUGCUUCACAAACUCCAGUUCAACCUGUUGUAGUAUCACAGUAUCAUUUUCUAGAUUCAGAAAAUCAUAUAUUCAACUCCGGUAAAAGUGUGAUAAAAAUUCUUCCGCCAAUACCAACAGAAGGGCUGACCAAAUCAGAUUUGGAAUCUCUCAUUGCCAGGACACAUUCAAUUAUGUCUGAAGAAUUCACCAAACUCUCAGCUGAAGUUCUGUUACAAGCAACCAAGUGAUGAAUGAUACAGUGUAAUAAGUGUCAGUUACCUCUCCGUCGUACUGGAGUUAUUAUUUAGUUAUAAUAGUUACUGUUUUAUAUUUGUAUUUAUUACAGUUUAGAGCCAUAGUAACACAUGUAUAUAAAAAAAAACUGAAAUUAUAAUUAUUUAUUUGACAAAUGUUGUUGUCAUAUAACAAUAGUCAUUUAUGCAUGUUUGUUUAGUAUGACUUUUUUACGAAAUGUUUGGUUUCAAUUAAUUUGUGUUGUUGUCUACUAAUAGAAAAUUGUAUUGUUGUAUACCACAUACACAUUUCGCUUUUCGUGAAGUUCUUAAUCUAAUUUUGUUACAGUUGUAAGAAGUACUGUAUAUUUGAAAGUAAACCCAAAACCUAGAUGUAUAGUAUUAUCUAUUAUGUUACUUUAAGACUUGUUAACAAUGAAAUUGUGAUAUUUUAUUUUUAGAAACCACAGUUGUUACAUACAAAGCAGAUCUUUGUCGUUUAUUGAUUACAUUGUUUUUAGACAAGUUACCUUGUGGACCUUGUGUGAUUAUUUAAUUUUUUCUUCAAUUAAUGUGGAAAAACAAUUAAAUUUAAAUUACAAGAUUUUGUAAGUAUGCUUUAAAUAAAAUUGUCUGUCUAAAAAGCU